UAUACCGUGUGGUAGAGCAGGGAGGUAGCCAGCCAGCCAGCCAGCCAGCAGUAGCAGAAACGGAUAACGAGAACUCUGCGAGAACGCAGCUUACGAGAUCCCGUGACUGCGGCAGCGAGGCUUUUUUUUCCCGCCUGACGUUGCGCGGUGGAAAAUAGUGAAAUUGUGAAAAGUGAAAACGCGAACGGACGAAAACGCCGUUGGCAUCGCGCGCUGCGACGACGGGGCAAAGUGUGGUGUCGGUACACGCACGCACACACACGCGCGCGUCCGCGCGCGCGCGCGCCCUCGCACACCCGCGCGAGCCUAUUCGAAACGUGCUUCAUAGGUGUGACUGCGCAGUCGCCAUAUGCAGUACGAUGAAAAGAAAGUUAUUUGAAAAUAACUAAUUUGAAGUUAUUGUGAAAAUAAAUGUAAAAUGGCAAAGAGAAAAGGUUACAUAUAAAUGAACAUUGUCAGUGCGAAAGAAAGAUACUUCUAUCUCUAAGAGAAAAGAAGUUUAUCUAAGUUUGUACUCGAAUUUUGCAAGAGUAUAAGAAAACAUGACAGAUGUUAAACCGAUUGGAAUUUCACCGUCUCAAUCACAACAACAGCAACAACAGUCACAGCAACAACAGCAAUCGCAGCAACAACCUCAACAACAGCAAAUAAUGAUUGCAACUCACGAUUUGCAACAACAGCAAAAUGUUCAGCAGUCGCAGCAGCAGCAUGUACAGCAAUCUCAGCAACCUCAACAGGUUCAACAGCCUCAACAAGUACAGCAACAACAAGUUCAACCUCAGCAGCAAAUGCAGCAGCAGGUUCAAUCGCAACAACAAAUGCAGGUUCAGCAGCAGGUUCAGCAGCAGCAGCAACAGCAGCAGCAGCAACAACCACAGCAGCAGCAGCAGAAUAAUGGACCGCACAAUGUUGUUCCUACUCAAGUUCAAGUGCAGCCACAGGUAGCUGCAAACAUGUCUCAACAACAGCUGCAGGGUGCUGUUGCAGUGUCAAUGCAGCAUCAGCAACAGGGAGUAGGUGGUGGAGUAUCGAUGACAUUAUCUGGUCAGCAAGGUGCAACUACUAUUACUACAAUGGCUGCGCAUCCGCAGGCAGUCCAAGUGAUUCAACAACCGAUGCAGAGUCAAGCUUAUCACUUGCAACAAUUAUAUAAUACUCAAGGCACGCCUUUAUUGAUGCCAGGAAAUCUUGCGCUGCAUCCAGCAGGCAUAAAUCCUUCUUCUAUUCAGGUGAUAACAGCUGGAAAGCCAUUUCAAUCUGCAGCUCAAUUAACUCCUCAUAUGCUAACAACGGCAUCAAACCCUGGCCAAGGCGGUGGUCAUCCCGGUGCAGGUGGCACCAAAGUCCAAGGAUUCCCUACCGGCUAUUUACCAGUACCCACAUCUGCUACUCCUGGUGCUGGUCAAACAUUGGUAUUUGGCCAGCUUGGCGUAUUAGGUUCACCACAACCGCCGCCUUCGUUACAACAGCAGCAGCAACAACAAUCCGCGAAUAAACAGGACCAGGUGCAAAAGUAUACAGCUUGUACUGCUGGAACACCUUCUGGUGGAAGAGGUGGUGGUAUGCAGUUUGCUCCUUGGCAAUUUGCACCCCAAGUAUGGACUGCUGGUUUACAACAACCAACUCUUCUCACUGCCGCGCCCAAUCAGAUAUUCAUUCGCGGUCCGACCCAACCGGACAUGUUUAUACAGAGUCCACAACCAAUACAAACGCACAAUGCUCUUGCGACACAACAACAGAUACAAGGUGUACAGCAGAUAACAACGGCUAGCGGAAAACCUACCAAGGUAAUGGAUAUUCAACAACAGCAAUCCCAACAAGGUAAACCGAACACAGGCGCACAGCGGCCUUUGAGUAUCCUGCCAUCAUCCUUACAGACAGUGCAAUCUGCCAACAUACGUGCUGCUAGUUCUGUUUCUACACAAACUGGAGUACAAGCUACGGUACAAGUACAGAGUGGUAAGAGCGGUGGCGGUGGAGGAAAGGGCCGCGGCAAGCCAAUGCAAACUCCACAGCAACAACAACAGCAGCAGCAACAAGCUCAACAAUCAAUACAGCAUCAGCAAGUCUACAUACAACAGAAACAACAUACGCAGCAACAACAGCAAUUGCAACAGCAAUAUCAACAACAAGUGCAAUCCUCCCAACAACAAAUACAACCUAAGCCUAUUAUAACAAAUAUGACAUUGCAACAACAGCAACAAUCCGGCGUUGUCUUGGGCACAGAUCGUCCUAUUAUGCCGGUAGUCUCGGUAGGUAGUGUUGGAGUUGGAGUCGCCACUUCGCAAAUGAAUCAGGUGCCACAGUCUCCAAUGUCGACAGUACAACAGCUUCCUUUACCGGCCAUCAAUCCAACGAUAAUAAGUAAUCAAAUAGUGAAUGGAGCGUCACAGGUUCAAGCAAUGCCAAUCGUGAAUACGACCCAGGAUCAGCCAACGCACGAUAAUACCAAUCCAGCUAUAAUGAUCACAUCGCCAGAUCGUAAUCCACAAACUGAAUGUUCGCUGAUACUGCCAUCUACUACAAAUCUAGCUCCAAUGACAACUGACGAUAGUGUAAAAUUAGUUAUGAAGAAGGAAGACAUGCCUGUACCUACAGAAGAAGUCGCGGCAGCAGCACCUCAAGCAGAAGCAACAGAUGGAGAUCAAUGUAAGACAGUGACAAUGAAAGAGGACGAAAUGAUUGCUCCAAAGAUGGAAGAAAAACAGUGCAAUAAUCCGUUAGCGGGGCUUGCCAAUGCAGUCAACGCGAUUACGAACGGUGUCAUUGGCGAUGAAUCAUCGAAUGUGACGAUUUCGACUCCAAUCACAGUGAAUAAUAAACAAGCACCACCUAAAGCUAUGGUGAAGCCACAAGUCCUUACUCAUGUAAUAGAAGGAUUUGUGAUACAAGAAGCAUCAGAACCGUUCGCGGUAAGUCAAGAAACUACCAAUAUUCUCAAUCGAAGUAACACAGCUGCGGACAGGGAAGCUCACGAGGAACCUCCGAAGAAGAAACAUUGUCCUAAUUAUUCGAAUGAAGAAGAUGGAGCUAAUGGUCAAGUUAACAAAUGCGAAAGCUGUGGCAAUGUAAUUGAUGAGCAAAAUGUCAAGCUCAAGAAAGAAAAACGUUUUUGCUCGUCGAUGUGUGCAAAGAGUAAAAAACGUGAAACACGAGAUCGCGAUGGUACAGAAAAACAGUGGACUGAGAUAGAGACUGAAACUAAAACUGUCGAUAAUGACGUAACGAAGAAGAAUGGUGAAGAGAGAUCAUUAUCCACUACUACCACUUCUGUUGAUGAAUCACUGCCGAAAGUAAAUCCAGUUAAAUGGACGGUGGGUGAAGUAUGUGAUUUUAUACGUGGUCUACCGGGAUGCGCCGAUUACGCAGAGGACUUUGCUAUUCAGGAGAUUGAUGGUCAAGCUCUUAUGCUGUUGAAAGAAGACCAUCUCAUGUCGGCCAUGAGCAUCAAACUAGGUCCCGCAUUAAAAAUCGUCGCCAGAAUCGAUUCAAUGCGCGUGGACUCGAUAUCGAACUCUAAUCCUACAUCGAACAAUUCAUAAUUGUCUACCUAUCAAUAGCAUCGUUUUCCAGAUUGUCUCUAGCCUACGGGCUACAGGGUUUGUGCAAGUAUUCAAUUUUCAAAUUAAUAAGAAUAUAAAAUUAAGGAUUAUAAGAUUAGGAUUUUUCAAGGCUACCACAUUAGGCGAUUUUUGGCGUCACUGUGGUAUAUCAUCCAAAGUAUACCCAGAUUCUACCAGAACAUUUUCGCGCGUUUGGUAGUUUGUGGUAGAGGCGUGGCUAGUCGUUUUGGUAUCUAGCUGGUUGAUACUAUGCUAUACCAAAAAUGAAGCAGGAUACAAAAUAUCAUGUACCAGAAUAAGCUUCGCCUUUACCAAAAACAACCUUGGUACAUGUACCAAACUAUCGUCAAAAAUCGCCUAUUAUAAGCGAUUUUCAUGCCGCGCGUGAAGUAAUUUACUCUUUCAUAAUCUAUGAAAGAUUUUUCGUUUAGCACUAUAGUUACAGUACAAACUGUAAAAUGUAUUUUUCGUAAAGAAAUCUUGACGAAUCGGCAGCAAUAUCUACUUUUAAUUUAGAAUGUAUGGGCGAAUAUAUGUGUGUAUGUAUAUGUGUAUAUAUAUACACACUCACACAAACAAUACACAAACUACAUAUACAGAUAUGCAUAUGUAUGUAGAUCAA